AUGAGAAUGUUGAGAUGGGCGGGGGGAGUUAUUAGGUUGGACCACAUCAAAAACAUUCAUGUCCGGGGCAGUCUCAAAGUGACACCAAUUUCUGAAAAAAUAAUUGAGGGGAAACUGCGCUGGUACGGUCAUGUUAACAGAUGCCCGCCUAAUCACAUGACGAGAAAAGUGCUUGAGAUGGAGCCGCAGCCAAGGGGCAGAGGCAGACCCCGCCUCACGUGGAUUUCUCUAGUCCAUAAGAAUAUGGAGAAAUUGGACCUGGUAAAUGAGACGACUCAAGAUCGCAGGAUCUGGCGACUGUGUGUUAGGAGAGCCGACCCCAAAUAA